UUUUUCCCCUUGGAGGCUGGCUCCCUACUCAAAGUUGAUGCUUUCCCUGCAUCCCGUCUUUGGGUUCUCAGAUUUAAGCAGUUUACGAAGCUCCAAGAUCGAAUUUUCUGAAAGUUAAGAUUCGUAAGAUUUGGGUUUUUCUCGCGGUUUUUAAGAAGAUGGAUAUCAUUUCCCAAUUACAAGAACAAGUAAAUUCAAUAGCAUCCCUAACUUUCAACACAUUUGGGACACUGCAACGAGAUGCUCCACCCGUUAGGCUCUCCCCUAAUUACCCAGAACCCCCUCCCAACCCCACCGAGGACUCUGCCAAUUUUGCCGACCAACCUAAGCUCAUGAGUGCUGCUCUUGUUAAGGCUGCUAAACAGUUCGAUGCAUUGGUUGCUGCACUUCCACCUUCAGAGGGCGGUGAAGAAGCUCAACUUAGAAGGAUUGCUGAACUCCAAGCUGAAAAUGAUGCUGUAGGCCAAGAACUUCAGAAACAACUGGAGGCCGCUGAGAAGGAACUGAAACAGGUUCAGGAGUUAUUCAGUCAAGCAGCAGAUAAUUGUCUCAACUUGAAGAAACCAGAUUGAAUUCAUUUCCCUGAACAAUCCCUCCUUCCAUGUUUAAUUUUAUUGUCUUUAUAUUUGUUUAAUCCUAGGUUUCUAAAGGUUUGUUUAUAUACUCAAAAGGGCUUUUGAUUCUCUGCACUAGAAUUCAAUCAAAUUACUCUUUUAUGUUUGUAAAAAAACCAUGUUUGCUGUUCCAAUAGCAGUGCCAGUGUGCAUCUAACAAUUCAAAUCA